UAAAAAUAUUUUAAACAUUCUAAUGGUGCUGUUUGCCCUCAGGAAUGGGGUGAACGUGGAAGGGGCCACCCACAAGCAGGUGGUGGACCUGAUCCGGGCCGGGGAGAAGGAGCUGAUCCUGACGGUGCUGUCGGUGCCGCCGCACGAGGCCGAGAGCCUGGACCCCGGCGACGACUCGCUGGGCCAGUCCUUCUACGACUACACGGAGAAGCAGGCGGUGCCCAUCUCCAUCCCCACCUACAAACACGUCGAGCAGAACGGCGAGAAGUUCGUGGUGUACAACGUGUACAUGGCGGGCAGGCAGCUCUGCUCCAAGCGCUACCGGGAAUUCUCCAUCCUGCACCAGAACCUCAAGCGGGAAUUCGCCAACUUCACCUUCCCCAGGCUGCCCGGGAAGUGGCCCUUCUCCCUGUCCGAGCAGCAGCUGGACGCUCGCAGGAGGGGCCUGGAGGAGUACCUGGAAAAAGGUUGGGAAGCGUGGGAAUGGCUGGAGUGGGAAGAGGGGCUGGAGCCAGGGGGAGAGA